GACAGCAGGUGCUGCUGCAUGAUCAGAGUGGUGGGCGGGAUGAGGAGAGGGUGCGGGGGUCUGCGAGGUGGGAUUAGAGAGGUCUAGGGUCCCAGCGAUACCUCACUGUACAACCACAUCAAAUGUCCCGUCCUAAGUAACUUCACCCCGCGGAACCAGCCUGACAAUCUUGCACGCCCUCUAACUUCGGCAUGUUUACUUUCCAAUUCCGCCUUCUAAUCGCCACCUGAAGGUUAAUUCCAAAAGUUGUCCGGCGGACGGAGCGGAUGCACCCACACUCGCAUUCAGCAGCAGUGCGAGCGGGCACCUUCCGCACAUCACCGAGCGCGACCCGAAACCGAGCCCCGGAGGAGAAGAAGACAUCGAGUGGGCUGGUGUUCGGGAACUCGCUGCAGGCACUACCUCAGUGCAGGCUGCCAGACGGGAGUGGUACGAUCCCAAGGUUCCUGAUGGAGGCCUGCACCUUUCUGAGUCAGCACCUUGAGACCGAGGGCAUCUUCCGCAAACCCGGCUCGGCGGCGCGCAUGAGGAACCUCAAGGUGAAGCUGCAGCGGGGAGACUGCUCCCUUGAAUUCUCGUCCGCCUCCGACGUUGCCGGGCUGUUGAAGCAAUUCUUCCGGGAGCUGCCGGAGCCCAUCGUCCCGGCCGGAUUCCAUGGGCCGCUGUGCCAGGCGCAGCAACUGCCGGCGGAAGAUGAGCGGAGUGCAGUCACCCUCCUGCUAACCUGCCUGAUGCCCAUGGCUAACGUGGCCACCAUGAAGUAUUUCCUCUCCUUCCUCCAGAAUGUCGCGGGCAGAUCCGAAAAGAACAAGAUGGGGGUCCACAACCUCGCAGUGGUCUUCGCUCCAAACCUCUUCCAGCUCUUCGAUACGAAUGGCAAGCUGGCGGGAAGCGUUGAGAAGGCGCUGCCGUUGCUCACCCAGGCCACGGAGAUUCUCAUCGGCCAAGCUCAGAACAUCGGUCACCUCCCACCAUCAGUGUUGAGCAAGCUGCCCUCCCUGGAUACAGAAGCUGGUUUCAUGACCACUGGUGACCCAGACGGACGGAAGCUCUCGGCGAAGCAGAGGAAACGGCUGCGGCGAAGUGUCGGAGUUAUUGUCAGUGGAGCACUGAGCAGACUGAAGACUUCAAUCACUCUGCAGCCGAACAGGUACACAGUUAGUCGUCGGCAAGGACCAAGUCCUGCGGUCGGGUCUUCGCUCACAGCCAAGAGGAAGGCAGCUGACGAUUCGGCCCGGAUUCCAGGCAUCUCACCGAAGAAGAGGAGAUCACUGUCCGAUUCAGAGGAGGCUAAACCUGAAUCCUGUGUGGAUGAUGGAAGUCCAGGAUCGACAGACUUCACCCGUGCAGACCUCGGCCAAGUUGAGAAUCUGUUCCCUGUAGCAUCUCAGAGUCCUUCUGCGUUCCUGAAAACCUGGACAGAGCGAGACGUCCUGUCAGCAGGGGGCAGGAGAGCUCCAUUUAUCGCUUCAGUGACCAGGAUGGGAAAUAGCAAGGCAACGAGUUACCGGAGGCAGAGAAUCCCACUCAAGAAAGCAGCUGCUCCAUCUACUGUAGACCACCAGGAGAGCGGCUGGGGAUCGCCACGGUGCCAUGGUCUAAGUGGAAGGGAAGAUUCACAGAUCAACACCUCUUCCAAGGUGUUUUACCGUGACUGGAUGACCCCGACCUUGAGUGCUGACGUUGCUGGAUUCCCAUUGUGUGGAACAAGGCUCCUCUCAACCCCGGUGAUGCAGGGGAAUGACCCACAGGAAUGUGAUCUUCCCGGUCAGAGCGACCAGGAGCCCCCUCGAUCGCCGGGCUUGGUCUCAGCUGGUAUUGAGCUGAGCACGGGUGAGGCGGAUACUGCUGAUCGAAGAGCUCCGUCGCUGAAGGCCAAGGCCCGCGCUCUCAGGCCGUGCAGCGCGUUGAGGCCAAGUGUUGCUGAUAGACCAGGGGCAGGAAGGAAGGAUCAGUCUUGGACAGGCUGCAAAGAUGCUGUGAAGACGGACUUCAGCCCCGCCUGUGACCAUGUGGCCUCCCUGCCAUGUUUCCUUCAGCGUAAUUCCACCCUGCGUCGUGAGGUAGUUCGCCGAUCACUGAGCUUUCCCGAGGGAAUUUCGGACAACUGGGAGCACGGGGCUGGGUUUGGAGACAGUCCUGAUCUCCUGCUGGAAGGCACUCCGCCUGCGGCAAGAGCUGAGAAUCCGCCAGCCUUCGGCUGUGGACCUUCUCCACGACCAGGGCCCGCCAUGGGGGCGCGUCACCGCUCCGCAGAUCUGGCCGGCCUGACCACAGGUCCUCUGCUAUCUCAGGGGCCAGCCCUGCCCCUCGUUGCUCAGGUAGAGAGCAGUGCUACACACUCCCUGUACGAGACGGGGGAUGGAUUGUGGCCAGCAAAGGGCUGCGAGCCAGCACCCUGCAACGCACCGGGCCGCGGCAGUGGUAAGUCCCACCCGCAACCCAGCACGAUGGCGCUGGCCCGAGCCUCUGUGGCAGGGUGCAUUCGGAAAUUUAACAAGCUCUCUGUGAAAAGGGACGGUUUGAAACAAAAAAGUUCCCACUGAUCUCAAAGCAAGCCCCACAGCAAUCUUCCACGCUGAGGUUUGCCCAGCAGGCAAGUACUCUGUUCGGAAGAAAGCCCAUGGGGCGGGAGCAUCGAGGCACGGGGCAGCCCAUGAGAAGGUCCUUAAGCCUUGCAAAUUUGUCAGGGCCUAGAGGAGCUGAAGAGCGCUAGCAAGCGCAGAGCAGUUAGUGCCUCAAAAUCAAAUGACCUGCAAUUUUCAGGUGGCCCGGAGCGAUGCUAGUUUAGCGGUGGCGUCACAGACUCUGAGGAAGACAUUCAGGCCGGGUCUAAGGGAAGAAGACCCCCCCCACCCCCGGACAACAGAAGGAAGCCAGCAACACCAGUGGGCCUCAGGCUCACCACCCAAGCAAGAAGUAGCCAGCAAGGCUGCCCAAAACAAUAUUUUUUUGACUUUUAAUGUGAGAUUAUCAUCGGGAUAGUGCUUCCAGUUUGAGGAAAGUGGGUGGUGUUUCGAUAUAUGAGGGCUCGAGCCAUGGAUGUCCUUUGUCAACUGUCCACAUUGCUGGCCUUCAAGCACAGCGCGAAGACCUAGACUACAAAGGCGUUUCAUCCCACGUCCACCCUAUUGUAGUUUUAUUCAGGUGGAUUGAAGGCAUAGUGACCCUUCCAGUUUUCGAGACUCGGUGCCAGUCCCGCCGCCUCCAUCGGGGUCCAUUGGGCAGAUUCCCAAAGAUAUUCCGUGUUUCCUGGUGCAGUUUUGUGUUUUGGAUAUACAUAAUUCAAAGCAUGC